CUGGCUUUGCCCCUGCUCCUGCCCUGGCUUCAAGAGGGCAGUGCCUUCCCCAACCAUUCCACCAUCCAGGCUUUUUGUGCUUGCUAUCGCGCCCAUCGCCUGCACCAGCUGGCAGCUGACAACCAGGAGUUUAACCCCCAGACUUCCCUCUGCUUCUCAGAGUCUAUUCCGACACCCUCCAACAGGGAGGAAGCACCCCAGCAGAAAUCCAACCUAGAGCUGCUCCGCAUCUCCCUGCUGCUCAUCCAGUCGUGGCUGGAAUGAUGCCAGUUCCUCAGGAGUGCCAACAGCCUGGUGUAUAGCACCUCGGACAGCGACGUCUAUGACCUCCUAAAGGACCUAGAGGAAGGCAUCCAAACACUGAUGGGAAGACUCCAUAACGGCAGCUCCCGGACUGGACAGAUCUUCAAGCAGACCUACAACAAGUUUGACACAAACUCACACAACAGCAUUACUGCUCAGAACUACGGGCUGCUCUGUGCUUCCAGGAAGGACAUGGACAAGGUCGAGACAUUCCUACGCCUCGUGUGAUGCCGCUCUAUGAGAGGGCAGCUGUAG